AUGGGUACUGGGCAAUUCCUAUGUGACUUCCGUAGAGAUUACCACAUCACAAAAUCACUGGCACAUCGCAAGGCUGUAACCCAGACGAAACAAAAAGCAAAUGAGAAAUGGAUGAAAGUUCAUUUUCAGCACAUUGAGCAGGAUAGAAGUCCCGGCAAGAAAGUUUCCCAUGUCCGUUUGUUAUUGCUGGUGAACGAGUUGAAAGACAACGGGUUGACGUGUCUGUGCACCAAGAAUGAAUUGCAACGUCUGUGCAAUGGGUACAAUGUGCGAUAUCUCUUGAAGUGGAACAAAGGAAAAUUGUCAGCAGAACUUGCACAUGCAAUCUUGCAUUGUGAAAACAUGCCAAGUUCCCCAGUUACAUCAAAAUAUGUCGUAGCCAUUAUUGUUAGAGAAGAUCAACCUGCACUUAUUCCAGUUCUGAAUCUUCGCCGAUUGUAG